UCAAACUGUCUCACGUGAUUUUCUUGCUGGAGAGCAUUUGGCGGCAUUUCCUACACGGCAGAACAGGGCGUAUAAUGGCUUCGCAAGAUCAAGUGUUAUCGAAAGAGCAAGGCGAUGACAAGAAAAACGAUGUAAUGAAAGUUUCAGCAAAACAUCAUGUCAAUGGAAAUAGGACAAUUGAGCCAUUCCCCGAAGGACUACAGAUGGUCAUGUUUGGUAUGGGCUGUUUCUGGGGUGUUGAGAGAUUAUUCUGGAUUCAAGAAGGUGUUUAUUCCACUCAGGUUGGAUUUGCUGGUGGAUUUAAACCAAAUCCAACUUAUAAGGAGGUCUGUUCAGGGAUGACUGGUCACGCAGAAGUAGUGAGAGUUGUGUACGAUCCAGACAAAAUCUGCUUUGAAAAUCUUCUCAAGAUCUUCUGGGAGAACCAUGACCCAACACAAGGUAUGAAGCAAGGAAAAGAUAUUGGCAUACAGUAUCGUUCAGUCAUUUAUCCAUACACACAGGAGCAGAUGGCUGCAGCUCUGAAAUCCAAAGAGGCCUAUCAGAAGGAAUUGAACAAAAGUGGGUAUGGUCAAAUCACCACUGAGAUCAGUGAGGCUCAAGUGUUCUACUUUGCCGAAGAUUACCACCAGCAGUACUUGGAUAAGAACCCAGAUGGUUAUUGUGGAUUAGGUGGUACUGGAGUAUCUUGCCCAAUUGGUAUUUAGAAGUAAGACAGGAUACUGAGUUAGUGGCUAACAUAGCCCUAAUUUGCCUUCAUUGACCUGUUUCACAGACAAUUGGGUAACAUUUUCAUUUAAUGGGGCAAAAUACUGGUUAUUUUGCAUUCCUGUGCAUUGAUCACCUGUUACUCACUUGCUUGAAACCUAUCCUAAUAUUUUACGUUUGCAUUUAAAUUUGUGUCAAGUUAUCCGAAUAAGCACAAAGUUGAAUCAAAAGAAAUAAUAAUUUUCCGAUGCUUGCUCUUUUAACAUGCAUGCCUUAGGUGAGAAUGAUAGAAAUUCUAAUUAUGGAGGAUGAACUUCAAAAUAUUUUUAAUCUAUAAUCAUAUAUCAUAUUUACUGGUUAUCUAUAUUUUCAUAUUCACUAAUUUUGAUAAAAAAUUGUUCUGCCACCAAAAUGAAGGAGAAAAUAGUGUAUUUUCAGCAUUAGUGAAAAUAAUUUCUUUAGUAUAUACAAUAUUUUUGGGACAGCCAUGACCAUGAAAAUAAAAAGCCUGCAUUUCCAAAUUUGUUACAAAGAGCUGGUCGAUAAAGAACCAGGAUAAGAAUCUCACUUUUUGCAUCCGAGUCGUGAUUACGUACCAGAAAUAAAAUUGACUUGUAAAAAAUCGCAGAAAAUUAAAUAGAAAUUGUUCACUCUAAGUGGAAUAAUUUGAAAAUUAUGAAAAUUUGAAAACUCCUAGAUAAUAAAAAUAAUUUGAAUGCCUGUCAACCUGGAACAUGAUAAAGUUUUGGCCGAUUUUUCAUGGGGCAGAAAUGAUACCAGGAAAGAGGCCACAGAUUUAUAAAACAGUUUUGCUGGUGAUGCCUGCUUAUUAGUGCUACCCACAAAGCAAGAAGUACCAUAUAUACUUGUGUAAAAGUCAAUCUUAUGUAAACGUUGAUCCCUUAUUUUUGGAAAAAAGGUCUUGUAUUUUCCAUAUAUUUCGUGUAAAAGUUGACCCUACUAUAUCGCAUUAUAAACCUCUUACAUAGAAACUGCACGUUCCCGUUAUCCCACUUCAACGAAACCACAUUCAUUCAUUUAUACUGGUAACUCUACUUAUUGUUCUUUGUUUACUAUAUCGUGUCUCCAUUCAUACAAAACUCUACUUACCGUACUUGGUUUAUUACAGCACGUUUUCAUUCAUUCAUUCAUUCAGACCAGGUCCAAGUACAUUGGUACUUAUCACACUGUGUUCACUUUACAUUCAAAAGUUAAUAUCGUUAAAAAAUUAAUCAUUUUAGUUGUGCCAUUAUAUCUGAAUAAAGUGAGAUAUAUUAGUACAUAUAUCUUUAAUUCUUUGACAAAUGUGUUAAUGUUGCUGAGGUUCAUUACAUUCGAGAGUAAAUGGGAGGGAAAUGGAGGAAUUUGGCGGGAAAGUUCAAGAUGCUUGCACAUUCAGAAUUUAAUAAAUGUUUCAGUUUAAGUGUGCCAUUAUACCAGGCCAGAUGAUGUUGCACAGUGUGAUUUCGCAGGAUUUCAAUGAAUCUUUGACAUGUUAAAUUUUCGUACUGAUGUGUAUAAAUAAAAUUUACUCCCAGUAAUUCAUGCUUAUUUCUCUUGCUUUUAAUCGUAAUUACCUUUAUCCGGUAAUUCAUUUUGUUUUUCUUCUUUACCCAGGAUUUGUUGAGCAAUCAAACCAACUUCUGCUAAUAAUACAGUAUUUUGAACUGCAGCUUGAAUUUCAGCCCCUCAAAACUAGGGCCGGUGUAAUAGUCUACCCUAUAAAUUGAAUUUUUAAAAAUCGUCUAAAAAAUUUGACUUUUACACGAGUAUAUAAGGUAGUAAAAUAAAGGUACAUAAGUCAGAGUAGCAGCGUGCUUUGAAUACUACUAAAUUGCAUAAGUCAUAUUGACUGGGGACGUUUCACACUUUGAUUUCAGCACCAAGUGAUAGCAUUUUAUAUCAUAUCUCUAAAGUUGAUACAUGUAGCUGAAGUAUUCUCUUUCAUGUUAUGGGACUCUGUUAGAUUUGAAAUUUAUAUCAGUUUGUUCAGCUUUCUUCUCUGUACCUACAACAAUUUCCAAUCAUUGUAUUUUAAACACGCCAAUAAAUAUAUAAAAUUAUUACCAAA